AUGACGGAGUCUGUGUUGGAUCUGGAAGAUGACCGCUCGGUAGAGCUGUCGUCUAUCGCCGCUAUCUUCCCGGAAAUUAAGAUUGACCCCGCCACGCCUUACAAAGCCUCGUUGGACAUACUCGUCAAACCAUCUACGCCCGUACGUGUGUGCUUCCGACCACAGCAACAGCCCGAGGCCGAGUUUCCUGCAGUUUUGACCCCUCCCACGUCUGUCGACGCCAGCGAACCCGGGUUCCCAUACAAGACCGAAGAACGAAUCGCUCCAGCCGAACCUGAAACUGAUGUCCAUGUCAUAGCGCACUUUCCUCCCCUCUGUCUCGAAAUCGAGCUACCCCAAGGCUAUCCAGCUGAAAGAGCGCCUCUAUUCAAUCUUGAAACUAAUCCUUCAUGGCUGCCCCCAUCGAUUUUAUCCAAAAUCUUAGAUGAUGGCAAGCGCCUCUGGGAGGAAUGCGGGAGGGACUUGGUAGUUUACACCUAUAUUGACCAUCUUCAACAGUUAGGUGACAUGGGCUUCGGAUUUGGAGACAGUGCCUGCGGCGAGAUGAUACUUUCUCGAGACUUGAAAAUAGCGCUGUUGGAUUUCAACAGUAAGGCUGAACAGGAGAAGUUUGAACAGGAGACGUUCGAAUGUGGGGUCUGCCUGGAACCCAAGAAAGGUAUAAAUUGCCACCGUCUUCUCCGGUGUUCACACGUCUUUUGCGUCCCUUGUCUUCAGGACUUCUAUAAUACCUGCAUCACGGAAGGGGAUAUAGAGAGUGUGAAAUGCUUAGCUCCUGAUUGCGGUAAAGAAAUAACUACAACAGCCACUACAGAAAACUCACUAAAGAAGCGGAAGAAAAUUGAUCGGACUCUGAGUCCGAGCGAGCUGUUAGAGAUUCCACUGGAGCAGGAGAUAGUGCAGCGCUUCGUUUCUCUCAAACGCAAGAAAAAACUUGAAGCAGACAAGUCGACUGUGUAUUGUCCUCGCGAAUGGUGCCAAGGUGCCGCUCGUUCAAAAAAGCACCCAAAACCCAUGGACCCAAUGUCUGAUGAUCUCGACGCUUUCGAUGAUGAUGACGAUGAGGAUGGGGCUAUUAUCUUUGAUCCCCUUGGCGACGAGGCUCAGUUGCCCCCUAUGGCUGAACGAUUGGCGAUCUGCGAGGAUUGCAAUUACGCAUUCUGUAGCGUGUGUAAGAAAGGCUGGCAUGGGGAACUUGUUCGUUGCUUCCCACGGCGUGCAGCGGAGUUGACAGCCGAAGAAAAAGCGACAGAAGAGUAUUUGCGGCGGUAUACAUCUGCUUGUCCGACAUGCAGUGCCCCCUGCCAGAAAAAAAUGGGCUGCAACCAUAUGAUCUGCUUCAAAUGCGAUACACACUUCUGCUACCUCUGCUCUUGUUGGCUGUUUGAGGAAAACCCUUACCGGCACUUCAACGACCCGGAGAGCCAAUGCUACCAAAGACUCUGGGACUUGGAAGGUGGUGAUGGCAUUGAUCCCGACGGAGCUGAAGCGUUGCAUCAAGUACCCGCUCAGCUCUUAGAGAUUGAUGAUGCCAGCGAUGACGAUGAUCUUUUAGCCAUGGAGAUGGGCCGACAUCCUCCACCCCCGGCUCCAGCGCCCCCGAGGGUCAACCACGGCGCUGGGGUAAAUGGCGAACGCGGUAAUGAUGAUGCUGCCGCUCGGGCCGCAGCUGCAGAAAGACAAGCCCAGGCACGGGCUAUGGCCGAAGUCCGGCGUCGUCCGGAAGCCGAAGCCGCUGGAGAAGGUCAACCAGUCCGACAUGCGCGACCUGGCCUGCAACGAUUCCUAGAACUGGUCCAGAAUGACCGAGAAGAUGAAUGGGACAGUGAUGAACUCGAUGAUGAUUUCUAG